ACUCAAGAGAAUAGGAUAAAUUUCUUUUUUCAAACAAAAGAUGGGAAUAGAAUAUGCUUUUCAUAUAUAAUAAUGCAGCAAAAGAAAAACUAGAGGAGGUUCCAAGCUCAAGGAUGGGAGAGAUAUCAAGAGAUGGUGAUAAAGGGGGAGGUUUAAGAGAGGGUUUUAGGUCCACCUACUGGUAGUUAGGGAUAGAAGCUCCUUAACCAAACUUCCAAGAGGAAGAACAAGAAGAAGAAGCGGAGGAGGAAGAAGAAGGAGAAAUUGAAACAAGAAGCAAGAAAAGAGGGAAGUUCAAGUAAAAGCCCCCCAAAAGCAAAAGCCAAGGCUCAAAAAGUGAAAACAAUUUUUCAAAAAAGUUAAAGCCAUCAUUUUUUUGGGGAGAGAGACAGAGAGAAACAGAAGAAAGAUAGGAAUAGCAGUGUAUGGGCGAGGGUUGGAUGCAUCUCUCACGUGGGGUUUGAUGGAAUGAUGGAUGGAAUAUAUGAUUAGAAAAAAAAAAAAAAAAGUGAAGGAAUUCAAAAUUCAUAGGUCUUUGAAUUAUCGUCUGGGGAUAUGAAGAAAAAAGUUGCUUCUUGGGAUCAUCAGAAAGUAUAUGGUUUUGUGAGGAUUUUGCAUCAGCGGAUCGAGUGUUGUUAUUGAGAUUUCCUGUUCCCUACAUCACCCACAACAGUUACUGGUUUACAGUUUCUGGACUAUGAAUCUGACUUGAACAAGAGGAUAAGGGAGUUUCAAGAGUGAAAAGCAUGGCUACUUAUUACGCUACUUCAAGUAAUCAAAGAGAUGCUGCCCCAAUGGUCUAUAUAAGGGAACCUUUGCCUGUUUCAUACCCGGAGGGGGCUGUUCUUCCUGGCAAUGCAAUGAUGUACAUGAAUUCUGGCUUAUUCCCGGAUGGAUUUGCUUCAAAUUCUCAGCUGCAAAGCAACUGCAUUGAAAUUCAAUCUGUUGAAGCUUCAAACUCAACCUCGCACCAGCAGGAAAUUCUACCAAACUUCGGAGGAUCACGCGUUGGGGAGCAUGAUUUCAGUGCUUGGAGGGAUGGGAGGAAUGAGAUGCUAAUUAUGCAUCCCAUGGGUGGACCUGCUGCUGCCAUUCUUCACAGUGGACAGACCUUGCACGGUCAGGGAUUGUCCCUUAGCCUUGGCACUCAAAUUCCUUCCGGAAUUCAACUCCCUGCCAUCCCCUAUCGGAAUCCAAAUCCGGGUUUUGCUUCAUUCUUCAGUCCAACUACAGUUCCUGGUGAGAGUGGCAGCAGGAAUGCCACUCCUAGAGAUGAAAGUUCAAGACUUGCUGAGUAUUUACCACCUGGUUUCUCUGGAGGAGCCCAAGAUCCAAAUAAAGGGGAUUUAUCCGGGUAUGGAACAUCUAGUGUCUCAAGAACCAUUCCUAAUUCCAGGUACCUUAAGGCUGCACAACAAUUGCUUGACGAAGUUGUUAAUGUUCGAAAGGCACUAAAGCUGCCCGAUGGAGAGAAAAACCAAAGUACACAUGAACAGCCAAUGAAGAGCAUUAAGGAAGGGGAUGGGGGAUCAAAAAAUGUGCCUUCAAACCCACAAGAAUCCAGUAACAACUCCCAGGUCGAGCUCUCACAUGCUGAAAGACAAGAAUUGCAAGGCAAAUUAACAAAGCUGCUGUCCAUGUUGGAUGAGGUAGAUAGAAGGUAUAAGCAGUAUUAUCAUCAGAUGCAGAUUGUGGUAUCAUCAUUUGAUGUCAUAGCAGGAUGUGGGGCUGCAAAACCAUACACAGCAGUUGCACUACAGACCAUAUCACGUCACUUCAGAUGCUUGCGCGAUAUGAUCAAUGGCCAAAUUCGUGCAACCCGCCAGCGCCUUGGAGAGCAAGAUGCUUCUGAAAAUGGUAAAGGAGUAGGAAUUACUCGUUUGCGGUAUGUUGAUCAACACCUGAGGCAACAGAGGGCACUUCAGCAACUUGGUAUGGUACAACAACAUGCAUGGAGGCCACAAAGGGGAUUGCCUGAAAAUGCUGUUUCAGUUCUUCGUGCUUGGCUGUUUGAGCAUUUUCUUCACCCUUAUCCAAAGGAUUCUGAUAAGAUCAUGCUAGCACGUCAAACAGGCUUGACUAGAAGUCAGGUCUCAAAUUGGUUUAUAAAUGCACGUGUGCGUCUAUGGAAGCCUAUGGUUGAAGACAUGUACAAGGAAGAAUUUGCCGAUGCAGAUAUGGACUCCAACUCUUCAUCUGAAAAUGCAGCUAAAGCAACAAAAGGGGAUACGAGUAGAGGUGAAGAUCUGCAGCAAAGUGGGAGUUCAACGGGAACUGAAAGAUGUAGCACUGGACAAUUGAUUGAUUCUAAGUCCGACAACAUUACUGAGGUAGAAAUGGCAGGUUCAACCGCAGGGACAAGUUUCCAGAACACGCACGCAGAAACUGAAGCUGAAUUCAGGUUAGCAAAGCUGAGGGCAGGGCAGACUAUGGAUGACUCUACCAGCUUACCUGAAGCACUUGCCCAUUCUGAUGGCAGUGGUGACAGAUUCAUGGCAGCUGCUGCUGCUGCUUACCAUAUGUCUGAGUUAGGGAGGUUUGGGAAUGGAAGUGGAAGUGGUGUAUCUCUCACAUUAGGAUUGCAGCACUAUGAGGGCAGUAGUCUACCGAUGUCUGGUGGAACUCAUCACAGUUUUGUUGCCAUGAGAGGGGAUGACAUAUACAAUGCCCAACCAUCAUCUUCUAUAGCAGCUGAAACAGCAGAUUUUGAAUGCAUAAAUCCUGAGAACCGGCAGGACAGGUUCAGUUCCUCUCAUCUGUUUCAUGAUUUCGUUGCAUGAAUGUAUGAGUUGCAUUUUUACACGGUUAAGUCUGCAUUCACACAAAGAAAACAACGAGGAGCAGGAGAGCUCCUUUUGAAUCAUUCAUCUUGUGUGUGGAUGGCAUUUUAGAACCUCUGAACAUGGAGACAUAUAAAACACAGCUGUAACAUAUAAGAAAUUGAUUGGAAGGUCCGCAUAUUUGUAAAGAUGUAUAAUUUUUGUUUAAUGUGUUGAAGGGAAGAUGUACAAUUUGUUUCAGCCCUGGGUAUUGAAGGGCUACAAAAAGGAAUACACUCCUGAUUUGAAAUAAAGGUAGGAAUUGGUUUGUUACCAUGUACCCAUGCGCUGGGAUUGUUAACAAAGAAUUCAUUCCUUGGUAUUGGCUUAUAAUAUGUGGUUGGCAUUAGGCCAGAUGAUGUAAUUCUUUGUUCCUUUUGGUUUAUGAGGCAGUGGUUAUAUAUGAGGUUAGAAACAUCAUUCCCA